GAGUGAUGCGGCUAGUGCCACGAAGGUCGCCGAUGUUACCACAGGAUAGCGCUACGAUGGGCCUGGCGAUGCAGAGCAGAGCCGUUGACACCAGAGUUCAACUGGAGGUGAGAGAGGGCGAACCGAAGGGCAGCUUGGUCGGUCUGAUCCCGGUGAAACCUGGCUUCACCUAUAGGUUCAACGAGCCACCCCAGGAAUUCGUGCUGGAUGCUGAAACAGGAAAAAUUAGAACGGCGAAAAUUCUGGACAGGGAAGCGUUGAGCAGCGAUCGGUUCGAUUUAGUCGUGUUAUCCAGUCAACCGACCUAUCCGAUCGAGGUGAGAAUCCUCGUGUUGGACGUGAACGACAACGAUCCAGAGUUUCCAGAGUCCAGCAUAGCGGUUAGCUUCUCGGAGUCAGCGGUCGUGGGUACGAAACUGUUGCUAGACGCAGCCACCGACAGGGACACCCCGGAGAACGGUGUAGCGGAGGAUUAUUUGAUCGUCGACGGGAACACCGACGGAAAGUUUCGUCUACAAGUGACCGGUAAUCCGACCGGUGAAACGUCGUAUCUCCACCUGGAAACGACCGGGAAAUUAGAUCGGGAACAGGUAGAGUUUUACUCGUUGAACGUUUGCGCGAGGGACAGAGGACGGCCACCUAGGGUGGGCUUCCUGUUGGUGAACGUUACCGUGCUCGACGUGAACGACAAUCCGCCGAUAUUCCAGCAGAGCGACUACGUGGUCGCGCUGAACGAGAGUGCCCCGGUAGGGACAAAGGUGCUUACCGUCCAUGCCACCGACAAAGAUUCCGAGGACAAUUCGAGACUUACGUACUAUUUGCCCGACACCGAGAGACAGUUUACGAUCGAUCCGGAGACCGGUACGAUUACGAGCGUCGAGCCGUUGGAUUGUCCUCAGCAAAGUUGCACGAUCGCCGCGCAUCCAGGUGGCGGUUGUCCAAAGAGCUGCGUCAUAACGGUCUUCGCCCGAGAUCACGGCUCGCCAAGGCAGGACGGCCGGACUUACGUAACGGUGAAUCUAUUGGACGCGAACGAUCACGAUCCUGAAAUAAAGUUCAGCUAUUUCCCCUCGACGCCGGGAUACGCGACCGUCGAUGAGAACGCCGCAAAGGAUUCCAUAGUGGCCGCGGUCGCGGUGAUCGACAACGACGAAGGGCUGAACGGCGAGACCACCGUCGAGAUUCGUGCUGGGAACGAAUUGGCUCACUUUAGGCUAGACAAUACGCAAAGCUUCGACAUAGUACGCGUGAACGGGAGACUGGAUCGCGAGGAGAUACCAAAGUACAAUUUAACCGUGGUCGCUACGGAUAAAGGUACACCGCCACGAUCGGCAACCGCCUACCUAGUGAUACACGUGAACGAUGUUAACGAUCACGAACCGGUCUUUCAGCAGAGCGAAUACUCCGCUGUGCUGUCGGAACUUUCGCCUACCGGCAGCUUCGUCGCCAGCAUCUCCGCCACGGAUGCCGAUUCCGGAUUGAACGCGAGAAUUUAUUACGAUUUCGAUUCGGGCAACGAGCAAGGUUGGUUCGCGAUCGAUCAGGACACCGGUCUGGUCACCACGGUGGCCAGCCUCGAUCGGGAGGUACAGGGCAGUAUAGAGUUGCACGUGUCCGCCAGGGAUGGUGGACCGAAUCCGAAAUACGCGUCGACUCAUUUGAAGGUAACCAUCCUCGACGAGAACGACGAGGCGCCUAGAUUUUCCCAAACCGUUCUCGAGGUUACGUUGUCCGAAAAUACUCCCCCGCACAGCCAAGUGGCCACGCUAUCCGCCGUGGACAACGAUCAAGGAACGAACGGCAGCGUGGCUUACACUUUCCAUUCCAGCGUCACCAGAGAUUAUCCGAAAACGUUCGCGCUCGAUGGACUGACCGGUCAGCUGACCACAAAAAUUGCCCUCGAUCGAGAGACGAUCGCCGUAUACAGAAUCCUAGUGAUCGCGAAAGAUCAAGGAACUCCUCCGCAAUCGUCGACGGCUACCGUCGUCCUAACUUUGGAGGAUGUCAACGACAAUUCACCGGUGUUCUAUCCGUGGAGAUACUUGAUGCCCAUACCAGAAGACGCCCCGCCAGGAACGUCGGUGGGUAAAGUGACGGCUAGCGACGCUGAUGCGAGGGAGAAUGCUCAAGUGAGAUACUCGCUGGAAUCCGGUGGCGAAGGACUGUUCACGGUGGACGAGCGAACCGGUGAGAUUACUCUUCAAGGCUCUUUGAGAGCCGGCCAUAAAACCCUGUACGAGUUGAGUAUAUCGGCGAAGGACACCGGCGACAGGAUAGCCAGCAGGAACGCUGUGGUGGAAAUAAUUCGCGAGGAAGACCUGGAACGGCUCGAGUUCGACGCGUACAACGGUUACGAGUUUCGCAUAGCCGAGGACAGAGGCGAGUGCGGCUCGGCGUCGAGCAUGUUCGGUCGGGAGGUUGGCAGCGUGGAGAUGACGCGAUACGCCGGCUCCAAGAUCUCGUACGCCAUCGUCUUUGGCGAUCCGAAGGGUAACUUUAAAAUAGACGAGAGCACCGGCACGAUCACCGCUGCUGGUUGUUUGGACCGUGAACAGCUGGCCUACUAUACUCUUCAAUUAUCCGCCAGAGCUGGACUCGCUUACGGGCAUACUUUUGUAAACAUCACGGUGCUCGACGUAAACGACAACCCGCCGAGAUUUCCUAAAGGCGAAAUAGGGGACGAGGUGUUUUUGAAAGAGAACGCCGCUGUCGGACAAGAGGUUUGCCUAGCUCGUGCCAGGGACCGGGAUGCGAGCGGUAACGCAAGGAUAACUUACUCUCUGACCCACAAUCCUGGCGGACAAUUUAGGGUGACGGAAAAUUCGGGCAUUAUCUAUUUGGACAAACCGAUCAGAGCUCCGCCAGCCACCGUAUUGAACCUCGAAGUGACCGCGACGGAUUCCGGUAGUCCACCGCUCUCGGCGCAACAUCAAGUCAGAGUGAGCAUCGAAGACGUCAACGAUCACACGCCGGUCUUCAAGUUGACCAGCUACGAGACCUCUCUACCCGAGUCGACGCCGGUCAACGACAGAUUCUUUUCCCUGACGGCAAUCGAUGUCGAUCUAGGAGCUAACGGACGUCUCCUCUACAGCGUCACUGACGGAAAUACCGAAGCUCGCUUCGGAAUCUUUCCUGACGGACAACUCUACGUGAAGAACCUUCUAGACCGCGAGGAACGGGACUAUUACGCGCUCGAGGUGACCGCCACCGAUCAGGGUAGCCCGUCGAGAAGCUCGGUAGUGCCGGUGGUCGUUCACAUAAUCGACGAAAAUGACAACGCGCCGGAAUUCACAAAUUCCAGCUUCAUUUUCCACCUACGCGAAAACGAGCCACCAGACACGUUCGUCGGCAAAUUAUUGGCCACUGACCGUGACGUGGGUCGCAACGCCGACCUGGUCUUCUCCUUACCGACCAGUCAACAGGACUUCGUGGUCGAUCCGAGAAACGGUUUCAUCAAGUCUUUGCGCGUGUUCGACAGGGAACAGCUGCUGGUCACCAACACCGGUACCACCAGUUACAUCAGCUUGGAAGCCACAGUGACCGACAACGGCGUCAAUCGUCUACGAGAUAGGGUUAAGGUGGUCAUCUACAUCAUGGACGUGAACGAUAACGUUCCACAGUUUCAGAGGCUUCCGUACAGGGUGCAAGUGAACGAGGGUGCACCGAUUGGCACACAGCUAUUGAAAGUUUACACUACAGACGCUGACGAAGGACUGAACGGGGAUGUGUUUUACUCGUUGGAAGAUGGAAAUCAACACGCUCGUUUCACCAUAGACGAAGCGACGGGACAAAUUUCCUUGACGAAAGAACUCGACCGCGAAACCGCGGACUCGUAUCUGUUGACGGUGGUGGCUCACGACGCUGGACUGGAAACUCGUCUCUCGUCGAGCACAACGGUUCGCAUCGAGGUGCUCGACGAGAACGACAACGUUCCCCAGUUCGUCGACAAUCAGUCGAGAAUAUCCGUGUUGGAGACGACGGCGACCAACACGGAAUUGGUCCGAUUCAAAGCGACGGACAACGAUCUGGGAGCAAACAGCGAACUAGCAUUCGCCAUAUCCGCUGGCAACAGGAGAGACACCUUCUACAUUGACCCGUUGACGGGCACGCUGUACUUGAAGAAGCCGUUGGAUUACGAGGAACUGGAGAGAUACACCCUGAACGUGACCUGCAGCGACGGUGGUCAUCCUAGAUUGAGUUCUGUCACGACCUUGACCGUCGAGGUAAUCGACGCCAACGACAAUCCACCAGUGUUUCCCAACACUGCGAUCGCCAGACAGAUCAGGGAAGGUAUCCUGGUGCAUACACCGAUAGUGACCAUCACCGCGGAGGAUCCUGACUCGAACGAGAACGGCGUGGUAACUUACUCUAUCGCCAGUCAGGAUCCGGAGGAUCAAGUCCGUAGAUUCGGCAUCAAUCCAUCGACUGGAGUGAUACACACCCUGUUGCCGAUCGAUCGAGAAGAAGUGGACACGUACAAGCUGGUGGUGGUAGCUACCGACAGUGCACAACCAGCGAGUGCUCGACUAUCCGCGGAGAAGUUGGUGAUAGUCAUCGUGGAGGAUAUAAACGACAACGCUCCGAUAUUCGUUAGCAUGUCAGCCGUAGUUUUGCCCGUGAAAGGUAAUUAUCAAUACCAAAAAGAGAUAACUGUUAGCCAGCUGGUAGCCAGAGACUUGGACUCGAGCACUAACGGUUUGGUCACUUACGAACUGCUUCGUUCGAGCGUCAACUACUCGGACAUGUUCCGAAUCCAUCGUACCACUGGCUAUCUGACCAUGAAACUUCCACGAUCCGUGAAAAACAACUUUGACCGGAUCUCGAAAUACCAAGUAGGGAUUCGUGCAACGGACGAGGCUGUCCAGGCAGAACGUAGGUCCACAGAGACUUACUUGACUCUGAUAGUGGCUGGUGAAGAUGGGGACGAUCAGCCCAUCAUCUGGGAACAUCGGGGCCAAAUCGAGGGCAACGUGUACGAGAACGAACCUAUCGGUACCAGUAUUCUCCGAGUGACUGCUAGAAACCGUAGAUCUAACAUAGAUCUGGAAUAUUACGUGACAAACGUGACCGCUGGUAGCGGCGGUGCCCAAGUGGACAGAUUGUUCGACGUGGAUCCGAGGACAGGUAUAUUGUCGACGGCUGCCGCUCUGGACAGGGAAACAGGAAUCCAGUGGUACGAGGUUCAGCUGUACGCCAUUGGUGUCGGUGGUACCAGACCCAGUACGACGUCUACCAAAGUUCGCGUGACGGUGCUGGACAAGAAUGACGUAGCACCAACGUGGGGAAGCGGCCCCUGGAAAUUCAAAAUUUCUGAGGAGGCACCACCUAACACCGUUGUCACGGUUCUCAAAGCAUUCGAUCCGGAUACGAUCGGUACGUUAACUUACACCCUGCUACCAAAUCGUCGUUGCCAAUUCAAGCUUCAUCCGACCACGGGACAACUGACGCUUGCAGAGGCACUCGACAGAGAGAGUAGAGAAAAAUAUGUCCUGAAAGUUCGAGCCGAUGAUGGAUUGCAACACACCGACAUCGCGUUAACCAUUCAGGUGACUGACACCAAUGACAAUGCUCCAACGUUUCAAAGCACCGCAUACUCGUUUGACGUGCCGGAAAACAUGCCAAGAGGAAGUAGAAUCGGACAGGUGGUCGCGACAGACGCAGACGCUGAUGGACCCAACAGUCAACUGAGCUACACCUUGAUAUCUGACUGGGCCAACGAUGUUUUUUCCUUGAAUCCUAGCACCGGUGUAUUCACACUGACGGCCAGUCUCGAUUACGAACAGGUACAGCAUUACAUCCUGGUGGUUCAAGCGACCGACGGUGGUAUUCCGGCACUCUCUUCCACCGUUACGGUGUAUUGUAACGUGGUGGAUUUAAACGACAACGCGCCAAUUUUCGAAGUUGGCCCACACGCGGCAGACAUCGUGGAAAACACGACGAUCGGCACACCGGUGUUAUCUGUGACCGCUCAGGAUCUCGAUUCCGGAGAUAACGGCAAAGUGAUUUACGCGGUGGCCGGCGGUGACGAGAACGGUGAUUUCGGUGUAGCGGCAAACGGCACCCUCUUUACCCGCAACUUGCUAGACAGAGAACAGAAGCCACUUUACAAUUUGCUUCUUACCGCUACCGACAGUCCUCAACCACCGGCACGAGCUUUGUCUUCCACCGUUCAGGUUACCAUAGUGCUACUAGACGUGAACGACAUGUCGCCAGAGUUCAUAUCACCGACCAAGAUAUCGAUAAUAGAAAACGCGGCAAGUAAUACGGUAGUGAUGGCGAUUAAGGCGGUGGACAGGGACGAAGGACGAAACGGAUACGUCGAGUACUCCCUGGAGGACACUACGGUUCCCUUCACCGUGGGUCCCGUAGAUGGACUGUUGCGCGUAUCUGGCUCGUUGGAUCGCGAAUUAAGGUCAAACUACACGUUGGAAGUAACCGCGAGAGACCGUGGCGAACCAUCGAGAUCGUCCUUGACAACUGUCACUGUCACGGUCCUUGACGAGAACGACAACUCACCGGUUUUCGACCCCCGACAAUAUUCCGCCACCGUAGCCGAAAAUGCCAGCAUCGGAGCUAGCGUUCUUCAGGUGUCUGCGAUGGACCGAGACGAGGGUGCAAACGGUAGAGUGCGAUACAGCAUCGCGAUGGGAGACGAGAAUCGCGACUUUACGAUAUCAGAGGACGGUGGUGUCAUCAGGGUAGCAAAGAAUCUGAAUUUCGAACGAAAGUCUAAAUAUCAUUUGACCAUUCGUGGCGAAGACUGUGCAUCGGAAGUUGGAGAAACAGCCCGGGGUGAUAAUGCUCAAGUUACCAUCACUGUACUCGAUAUAAACGACAACGCGCCUGUAUUUUUGGAUUCACCCUAUUUGGCACACGUGAUGGAGAAUAUGGUGCCCCCUGGAGGAGGAUUCGUGAUACAGGUGAAAGCUUAUGAUGCUGACACACCACCUUACAACGAUCAAGUCAGGUACUUUCUCAAGGAAGGAGACACGGAUUUGUUUCGAAUCAACGCAAGCACUGGCGACAUAUUUCUCCUUCGACCACUCGACAGAGAAUUGGUAGCAGAAUACACCCUGACAUUGGUGGCAAUGGAUACUGGUUCUCCGCCAUUGACUGGAUCAGGCAUAGUUAGAAUCGUCGUGUUGGAUGUGAACGAUCAUAGUCCAGAAUUUAGUAGGCAAGAGUACAAGGCAACGGUGACCGAAAACUCCGGUUCCGGUACCUGGGUCGCUAAACCACAUGCCACGGACAAAGACGAGGGUUUGAACGCGAAAAUCACGUACAGAUUGUUGGGAGAAAAUUCGGAACGUUUCACCGCAGACCCUGAGACUGGAGAGGUGUUCACGGUGGUACCUUUGGAUCGUGAACAAACCUCGGUGUACCAUUUAACCCUGAUUGCUCAGGAUUCUAGUCCAACGGAAUUAAGGGCUUCUGCUGUAAAUUUGACAAUAUUUGUGACGGAUGUAAACGACAACGCGCCCAGAUUUUCUAGUCCAAGAUACACAGCCUAUGUCCCGGGUGCUACCAAACCAGGUGAUUUCGUGUUCGGCGCGAAAGCGAUGGACGACGACGACGGUGAAAAUUCUCGUAUCGUCUACCGUCUCCAGGGAAUCGAUGCCGAGAAAUUUGCGAUCGAUUCGAACAGCGGUGUGAUCAGAGCGACCCGGGAAUUGGCCAGUGACGAAACCAGCUACCAAUUGCAAAUCCAAGCGUCCGAUUCUGGCGCGAAUCCUCAAUCCGUCACCGCGGACUUGGUCAUCCAUUUGUGGGAGAGACAACUGUUUCCCAGCUUUCGAUCCACCAUCAGCACGAGAUUUACCUUACCCGAGGAUGUGACAGAGGGACGAGUUAUCACCAAGCUAAGCGCAACGACCCCAAAAAUUGGCGCUGCGAGUAAUCUGGUUUACGGAAUGGCUGGGGGAAAUGUUGGAGAUGCCCUUAAAAUUGAUCCACAUACCGGAGAGGUGUUGGUGGCGUCUGGAUUCGAUUACGAAACAGCACCGUACUACGAGGCUUGGGUCGAGGUUCGUGAUUCGGACACUCCGGCACUAAGAAGCGUUGUGCAAUUGCUCGUGAACGUAACUGACGCUAAUGAUAAUGCACCGAUAAUGGAAGCCUCGAUUUAUAAUGCAACCGUACCGGAGGACGAGUAUCCACCUUUGUUCGUCAGCAAAGUUUCAGCGAAAGAUCGUGAUUCCGGGGAGAACGGGCAAGUGUCCUAUUACUUGGUCAACGAUUUCACGGAUACUUUCGUCAUCGAUUCUGAUAGCGGGGAAAUUAGUACCAAUGCGAAAUUGGACCGUGAAGAGAUUGCUUCUUACGAGUUGAUCGUAGAAGCUAGAGAUCAAGGACAAGUAUCCUUAACUGGCACAGCAACCGUACUGGUCACUGUUUUGGAUAAGAAUGAUAACCCUCCGCAAUUUACCCGAUUAUUUAGCGUAAACGUGACAGAGAACGCAGAAAUUGGCACUUUUGUUAUUAAGAUAACUAGCAGUGAUCGUGACAUUGGCCAAAAUGCUAACGUUACUUAUAGUUUUACGGACAAUCCUGGAAGGAAAUUCGCUAUUGACCCUCUUAGCGGAAAUGUGACCGUAGAUGGACACUUGGAUAGAGAAGAACAAGACGAGUAUUUGCUAAAACUGGUGGCGGCAGACAGUGCCUGGCAAGCAGCAACCGCCCUCACGAUAACCAUCCAAGACCAAAACGAUAAUUCACCAGAAUUCGAGCAGAAUUCUUAUCACUUCCACUUCCCAGAGCUACAACCGCCUGUUGCACACGUUGGCCAAGUGACUGCGAUCGAUCGUGACAAACAAGGACCAAAUUCAGUGAUAUCUUACAGUUUAUUACAACCGUCAGAUUUGUUCACCGUCGACCCAGCCACCGGAGACGUGUUCAGCAAAAAGACGUUAAAAUACAAACACACUCAUCGUCCAUCUUCUCCAGAGAAUUUAUACUCUUUGACAGUGGUCGCUACGGACAAUGGAAAGCCACCGUUAUCCUCGAGGACAAUAGUGUACGUGAACGUUGUUGACGCGAAUAACAAUGCUCCAAAGUUCGAACAAAGAUCCUAUUUGUACCCUGUACCUGAGAACUACGGACUUGGCAAACGAGUGAUUCAGUUAGUGGCCAACGAUGAUGCUGAUUUCGGUGUGAACGCAGAGAUCGGUUAUUUCUUGACGAACGUUAACGGAACCGAAUACUUUUCUAUCGAUGAAAAGACUGGAUGGGUUUACGUUAAAAAAAGUCUGACCAGCAUUUCGGUGGGCAGCACCUUCUUGUUGAAGGCUCAGGCAAUCGACAAGGGUGUCCCACCGCAGAAAGAUCAAGUUUCGUUGACUCUGGUGAUAUCAGGAGAGAACAAACACGCCCCAACCUUUGCCGCGGAUAGCUAUCAAGUGAGAGUACCAGAGAACGAACCCGUUAACACUACCAUAUUGACAGUGAGCGCCACCGAUGGCGAUGACGGUCCGAACGGAAUGAUCAGAUACAAGAUAUCGGCUGGAAAUGAAAGGAACGAGUUUUUUGUACACUCCAUCACCGGUGCUGUUACUAUACUGGAACCUUUGGAUUACGAUCUGGUGCAGGAAUAUAGACUAAACAUCACCGCUACGGAUUUAGGGUUCGAGGCUAAGCAAGCUGUUGCGACAUUGACUGUGAAUGUGUCCGAUAUCAAUGAUAAUCCUCCAACCUUCAACCAAACUGUUUACGAAGCUUAUCUAUUGGAGAAUUCACCGCCAGAGAGUUUCGUUUACAAGGUAGUCGCUCGGGACAUCGACUCGCCAAAGUACGCGGUGGUGCAAUACAAGAUCCUAGGUGGCACAGGGAAAGAUCAUUUCCGGAUCCGCGAAGACACCGGGGAAAUCAGUUCGGUGAUCAGCUUCGACUACGAGGAGGCCAACGAGUACACGUUAGACAUAGUCGCUGCUAAUCCAGACUCGAAUCCACAAAUGGUCGGAUUCACGACCGUGCUGGUGCACGUUACAGGCGUAAACGAGUAUUAUCCAAAGUUCAUUCAACCCGUCUUUCACAUGGACGUGUCCGAGAGUGCAGAAGUUGGCACCUCCGUUGGUCUGGUUCAAGCGACCGACCAAGACGCCGGUGAAGAUGGUCGCGUUUACUAUCUAUUCGUCGGUUCCUCGAACGAUAGAGGAUUCUCUAUUGGUUCCGAGACUGGUAUCAUCCGGGUUGCCCGGCGGCUGGACCGCGAAACGCAAAACAGAGUGGUGUUGACGGUGAUGACGAAGAAUGGUGGAGGGAUACGCGGCAACGAUACCGACGAAGCUCAAGUUAUCGUCUCUAUUCAGGAUGGAAAUGACCCUCCAGAGUUCUUGCAGACCAACUACGACGCGACGGUGUCAGAGGGUGCUGCUCACGGAACUCGUGUUCUCACCGUCAGGGCAGUCGACAAGGACAUCAAACCGCAGAAUAAUCAAUUUUCAUAUUCCAUCAUUGGCGGUAACAUUGGACAAGCUUUCAAAGUAGACCCACAAACUGGAGAUAUAGAAACUGCCAAGCAAUUGGAUCGUGAAACUAUCCCAGUUUACGAUUUAACGAUAGGCGCCAUAGAUACUGGAUCACCACCUCAGACCGGUACCGCUCUAGUCCAUAUCGAACUUUCCGAUAUAAACGACAAUGGACCCAUCUUCGAUCCACCGGAGGUAAUUGGCUACGUGAACGAGAAUGAACCUGCUGGAACUAUCAUCAUGACCCUUAGUGCUACCGAUCCCGAUUUGCCACCAAAUGGAGCACCCUUUACGUAUAAAUUAGUUGGGGGAAGACAGAGCGAUAUGGUCACUUUGGAUAAGCAUACCGGAGUGCUCAAGACUACUAGGAGUUUGGACAGAGAAGCGAUGCCUCAGUUGGAUCUUGUGAUCCAAGUUGAAGAUUCCGGAAUACCGCGAAUGAGGAACGAGCAUACGAUAACUGUCAUCGUUACGGACCAGAACGACAGUCCAUCGUCACCCAGAUCGGUCCACGUGAUCGUUCAUUCUUUCAACGAAGAAAUUCCAUUAGGAAAGAUCGCUGAUGUACAUCCUAACGAUCCAGAUAUCACCGGUACCUAUUCCUGCAAGAUUCUUCAAGGUUCCAAUUCGAGGAUUCUUAGUAUUCCUACUGCCUGUGAUCUUCAUACGAAAAAAAUCACGCCAGUCGGCUACUCCCUAAGCGUUUCCGGUAACGACGGUCGCCAUCCGAACGUGGUGUCCAAAGUGACCGUUGAAUUCCUCGUCUUUACCAAUACUACGAUCGAAAACAGUGUGACACUGCAAGUGUCAAAAUUGAGUGCAAGAGAUUUUCUAAGCCAAAACUAUCGUGCCUUGCUGGACGUGUUACAGGAAGAGAUAGAAAUCGGUGACAAUUUGAAGAUCUUUAGUCUUGGAGAGAAUGCAUCCGACUUAAAUAUUCAUUUGGCAAUAGAAUCUCCUCAAGGAUACCGCAGUAAAUAUGAUGUCGCCGAGCUACUAAAUCGUAAUCGAGACAAAAUUAAAUCACUUUUGGAGGGAAAAACCUUUACCAUCGGUUAUUCGCCGUGCAAACGUAUACCCUGUGAGAACGGAGGUAGUUGCAGCGAUAAAUUGGUUAUAUAUAACGACGCUAGAAUCACUGACAGCCAAGCAUUGAUUCUAACGUCACCGAGAAUGAUGCACGAAAUGAGCUGCAAGUGUCGCGAUGGAUUCACCGGAGAUAGAUGCGAGAGGAGGCAAGAUCCUUGCUCGCCGAAUCCUUGUUUACUCGGAGGGCAAUGUCGACGAUUAGGAUACGACUUUCAGUGCAGUUGUCCGAUAGAUCGCGAAGGAAAAUUAUGCGAACUGGAGAGGGGCGAUGCUUGCGCGAGUAAUCCUUGCCGAAACGGUGGAUCCUGCAGGAAGAGUCCAGACAGCUUUAGUUUCUUCUGCUUAUGCCGAGCUGGCUACAGAGGAAACCAUUGCGAAGCGAUCACGGAUUCUUGCAGGCCGAACCCUUGCCUCUACGGAGGUUUAUGCGUAGGAGAGAAACCCGGCUACAGAUGCAGCUGUCCAGAAGGUCGUUACGGAAGGCACUGCGAAAGGUCCACAUUUGGAUUCGAAGAAUUAUCCUACAUGGCCUUCCCAGCUCUCGAUUCGAACACCAACGACAUAACUAUCGUCUUUGCGACCACGAAACCAGACGCAUUGUUACUCUACAAUUAUGCCCCGCAAACCGGAGGACGUUCAGACUUUGUCGUGUUGGAAUUAGUGAACGGAAGAGUGGUCUUUUCGUACGGAGGUGCGCGAAGCGCCAUCACCUCCAUCACCAUCAAAACAGAACAAUCCGUGUCGGAUGGAGAAUGGAGGAAAGUAACAGCAACUAGAAAUGGAAGAGUCGUGUCUUUGAGCGUAUCCCUGUGCAGAGAACACGGAGAUAUUUGCGAGGAUUGCAGGCCAGGUGAUGGAACUUGCUAUGCGGACGACGUGGGACCAACUGGAACCCUAAAUUUCAAUAACAACCCCCUUCUGGUGGGAGGACUGGAGAACGCAGACCCGGUGUUAGAAAGGCCAGGACAAGUGCAUUCUGACGACUUUGUAGGAUGCGUACACUCGGUAUCCGUAAACGGUAGAGCCUUGAAUUUAUCGAAUCCCAUCGCGUCUCGAGGGGUGAAAUCUACUUGCAUCAGAUCGAAGAAGAAUCCUUGUGUCAAGAAUGCAAAGGAUCCGAUCUCUGUUUGCGAAGCGAACUCAAACUGCUACGACAAGUGGCAUCAAGUAACUUGUCAAUGCGGAUCAUUAACGGCACCCAACUGCGAAGCUGCGCUUGAUCCUGUUACUCUGAGCGAGGGUGGAUACGUUGAAUUCAAGAUUUCAGAGAAACACAGAAGGAUGCAACUGUUAGAAUUCUUGUACGGUGGUUCAAGUGUGUGGGAGAAAAAUCGAACGAAACGAGCAGUCAACGAGGAUACUAGCUUUAUAACAAAUCCAUCACCGAUGAAGACGAUCGGUCUGAUGUUCAGGUCGGUCAAGUCUGACGGUAUUCUGAUGUACACGGCAACGAACAAGCAUUUCACAUCGGUGGAGCUUCGGAAUGGACAACUGUUUUAUGCAUCCCUGCUGGGAUCACCGGUGAAUAUGUCUGGCAAUAUCGAAGGAGGCCUAGCGAACGGCCAGUGGCACAACCUGACCCUUCAUUCCUAUCUGCGAGGACUAAAAUUGUUGGUGGACGGUGUUCAGAUGGGCGAAGAGCUGGACUCUGCCGGUGUUCACGACUUCCUGGAUCCGUACUUGUCCGUCUUAUCGAUCGGUGGGGUUAGCCAGGACCUGUACUAUGCUCACAGCGCUGGCGCCCGAAGUUUCGAAGGUUGUUUGGCUAACUUCACCAUCAACAACGAGAUCCAACCGUUCAAUGGGUCUGGCUCGAUCUUUAAGGAAGUAUUCUAUCACGGUAAAGUGAACACCGGAUGCAGAGGGCUUAUCGGAAUCAGUGCAGCAGCCACCGCUGAUCCGCUGAGCAUAGGGAUCACUCUGGUAAUAGUGUUCUUCGUUAUCCUAUUGAUCGCCAUUCUGGUCAGCUUCAUAGUUUUUCGAUUGAGACGACAAAACAAAGAAAAGUCUGCCCCGUCGGUGGUGAAUAAGAACACGAACGCGAUAAUGACCGGCAACUCGCUUGUUGGCACCGGUAAUGACAAUCUCAUGUCCCGACACGAAAACACCUACAUCUCCGAUGCGUCAGACCUGCGUGGAGUGGGUCAUAUGGGGCCAGAAUUAAUCUCGAAGAAGUACAAGGAACGAGAGAUGAACGCGACGAGCGAACAACAUCGACCACAGAGGCCGGACAUAAUCGAAAGAGAGGUAACGAAAUCACCGCCCAUUCGGGACGAACACCCGCCUUUACCUCCACCGGGUCAAAGCUCGUUGCACUCGCACGAGCACAACCCAGAACCUGAGAUGCCGGAACACUACGACUUGGAGAAUGCUAGUUCCAUAGCACCGAGUGACAUCGACAUAGUCUACCAUUACAAAGGGUACCGCGAUGGCAUGCGCAAGUACAAAGCCACCCCACCGCCCAUCAAUAACUACGCGAACCAUCACAAGCACAGCGGACAACAGCACAGGCACACCGGUCCCUUCCCACCGAGGGCUUUGCCACCGCCUAACGUAGUCAGUCAACCACCCGGACCAACUCAGAAACUCCUACAAAGCACCCCACUCGCCAGAUUGUCACCCAGCAGCGAAUUAUCCGCUCAGCAACCGAGGAUACUGACCUUGCACGACAUCAGCGGGAAACCGUUGCAAAGCGCACUUUUAGCAACCACAUCCUCCUCCGGAGGAGUCGGCAAAGACGCGUUGAACUCUAACAGCGAGAGAAGCCUUAAUUCACCCAUCAUGAGUCAAUUGUCCGGAUCUACGGCUAGUCGCAAGGCCCCGCAAUCCAACAACGAAAACUCUGUGAACAAUGUCUCGUCAGGACCGAUGGGUCUGACCGCGGAAGAGAUAGAGAGACUCAACUCGAGACCAAGAACGUCCAGUCUGGUGUCGACUCUGGAUGCGGUGAGCUCGUCGAGCGAGGCCAGGGGUCCGCCUACCCAUGCUGCCCUUCAUCUUCACAGAAGACACACCCCACCUGUCGAGAGACUCGAAAGAAGAAACUCUUCGACAACCGACGAGAGUGGGAACGACAGUUUCACCUGUUCUGAAUACGAUAACACCUCCUUAGUCGGUGAUAAACGUUCGGAUAACCCGUUUGCCAAGCAAGACGACGAAGAGGUGGUGGUGGUCAAUCAACGAAGCAACGAAUCCUCGCAAACUACUAAACCCCCGUUGCCACCCAAUGUCAAUUACGAUGCAUUUGAUAGUUCUUUUCGAGGAUCUCUCAGUACUUUGGUAGCUUCCGACGAUGAUCUCUCCACCCAUAUGGGAGGACUUUACAGACCUCCUAAUAGCGGAUCACCAUCGACCACUACGACAGCGCUCAGCUGGGAUUAUCUACUUAAUUGGGGACUAAACUUUGAUAGUCUGGUCGGAGUGUUCGUCGAUAUCGCGGAACUGCCGGACAGUGCCAAUCGCGUUCCAAGUACGCUUAGACUGCCAGCUAGUAUACCCAAGCCUUCCGAGGAAUACGUUUGAACAUUUUACAAUUUUUCCAAAAGGCUAUUAUAUACUAUUAUACGUCCAUUUCAUAUUUUUUUUACGCCUAUCAUCUUAUCCUACUUAAAAUUUCGUUUAGACAAAUCACACCCUCUUACCUUGUUCACCUUGUUUACCUUGUUUCAUUUUAACAACACGGACGUGAUUAAACGUUCGAAGAUGAGAAACGAUUUGUCAACGUCUUUUGUCAAUUCGUCAAACUACCACGAAAUUAAUAAUACUCGCGCGAUCAAUGAUCAAGCCAAUGAUCGAUUGUCAAUCGAGCCAAGCCAUAAACGAGAAAGACGAAGCGGACAUUUAUUAUAGAUUGAUAAACGAAUCGUUACGUUUCUUCGUUUCCCGAUCGGUGAAAAAUCAACAACGUAACGUUUUGUCUUGCCAUAAUAAUAAAAGAAUGCUCGAGACGAUCGAUUAUUUAAUCAAGAUAACAAACACAUCGUUUGAUUUAUAAUCUUGAAACAAUGUCGACGCGACGCGACGCGACGCGACGCGACGUGUCGUCGAUAAUUUAAUGGAUCGUCUCGCGUUAAUUCAUUCUGUCGGGAUAAUUGUGUGAAUUUGUAAAUAAUCCGCGAUGAUCAUUUUCAAUUAAAACGAAUCUGUUCUCGCGAAUCGCGAGUACCGGAGUUAGAGAUAAAUGUUAGAAAAAUAUUUCUUCUUUCGUCGAAUCUUAAAGAUUCGGAAAAAUAUUGUACGAUUGUAUCGCGAACGUAAUUACACGUAACUAUUAUUAUACCAACUUGUAUAUAAAGUACCUUAACGA